AUGGUAUCUAAAGUCUUUACAUUAUUUGGAAUGAAUGUGGUCAGCAAUGAUCCUUCGAUAGAAGAAAAAGACAAGGAAAAGAGCCGUCCGACGACAGUAAAAGAAUACGUUGAAUUCUUAAAGAAUCAGGUUCAUGCACCUAGUGCCGUAACGCCAAUGCUUGUCCCUGAUGAGCAUAUCAAAAUACAGUGUCAAGUGCGUGCACGCAUCCCAACAACACAAGGGGGAGAAAUGUAUCUGUAUCUUUACAAGAACAAUCAAGAUACUAAAGAACAUUUGGCUAUUGUUUAUGGAGAUGACAUAAGAUCAAAGUCCUUGGAUAAGACUUGGGAAAAUGAAACUAUCAUGAAUCGAAUUGUCAGAGGAGCUUAUUAUGGAAGACUAGAAGAAGUUGUAACAGAUGAAUGUCGAUCUUUAGCAUUGACAAAAGAUCAAGAAUCUUAUUUAGAAGCACAGCAAGCAAAAGCCAAAUCAGAGUGGAGAAUGUUAUCAGAACCACCCCUUGUCCGUAUCCAUUCAGAAUGUUUUACAGGUGAAACAGUACACUCGGCCCGUUGUGAUUGUGGUGAACAAUUGGAUAGUGCAAUGGCUCAAAUGCAAGCAGCAGGAAGAGGUGUUAUUGUUUAUUUGAGACAAGAGGGAAGAGGCAUUGGAUUGCUGGAGAAAUUAAAAGCAUAUAAUUUACAAGAUUUAGGACAUGACACCGUAGCUGCUAACGUCUUGUUACAACACCCAGCGGAUGGAAGAACAUACGGUAUAGCAAAUGCCAUCUUGAAAGAUCUUCAGCUCAAAGAAGUAGAUUUACUCACAAAUAACCCUGAUAAAAUUAAGCAAUUGGAAUCUUAUGGUUCAAUCAAGGUAGUUAAACGUCGGCCCAUGGUUCCACGAUCAUGGUCUUCUCCUGCCUUGAAUGAUGGAACCAACAGUGCUAUGCCAUCUCCCUUACUUUCUCAUAGCCGUAAUGAAGUCAGCCAUUUAGAAACAUCAUCACCCGUACCUUCUUCAGGCUCAUCUACACCAAGAAAUGAAUUAGACAAAUAUUUGGCUGUCAAAGGUUUUAUAAUAAAUAAACAUAAUAUUAUCAAAGAUAAAAUUAAGGAGCAUCAACGUAAAGAAAAGAGACAAGGCAGAAAGAAUCCACAGCCUCAGCGUAAAUCCAAAAAGGAUCCUGGAAUUCCCAACAAUUGGCCAUUUAAAGAAGAGCUUUUGAAUGAAGUUGAAAAGCAAAGAUUAGAAGCUGAGGAAGAGAAGAAGAGAAAGAGGGCGGCAUCAAGAAAGAAGAAGGCAGCAAAGAAGGCUACUAAUGAAAAUACUAAAGAACAAAUUGAAGAAGAAAAAGAAGACGAAGAAGAACAUUCUGAAGAAGAGUAA